AUGAGUGAUACAAAGAAGGACCCAGCUGAUUUACUAGCUUCUUUGAAGAUUGAUAACGAUAAAAAGGACCCCAGUGCAACUUCAACGAAGGAGACCGCUGAAAGUAAGCUAGACAACACCAUCGCUCCAGUCAAGGUUGAGGAAAAAGCAGUUCCUAAAACUAACGAGAAAAAGGAAGAUGAAAAGGACAGCAAUUUGGUCAGCUCGGCAUAUGAAGUUAAGGUCAAACUUGCUGAUAUCCAAGCUGAUCCCGAUUCACCACUCUACAGCGCCAAAUCCUUUGAUGAAUUAGGACUAGCGCCAGAGUUACUAAAGGGAAUAUAUGCCAUGAAAUUUCAGAAACCAUCCAAGAUUCAAGAAAGAGCCUUACCAUUACUAUUACAUAACCCAGCUAGAAAUAUGAUUGCUCAAUCUCAGUCAGGUACCGGUAAGACUGCCGCUUUUUCUUUGACAAUGCUGACAAGAGUAAACCCGGAAGACGCAUCCCCACAGGCAAUAUGUUUAGCCCCCUCCAGAGAACUUGCUAGACAAACUUUAGAAGUUGUUCAAGAAAUGGGUAAAUUUACGAAAAUAACUAGUCAGUUGAUCGUCCCGGACUCCUUUGAGAAAAACAAACAAAUCAAUGCUCAAGUGAUUGUUGGUACUCCAGGUACAGUUCUUGACCUAAUGCGUAGAAAAUUGAUGCAAUUGCAAAAGAUCAAAAUAUUUGUUUUAGAUGAAGCUGAUAAUAUGUUAGAUCAACAAGGUCUUGGUGACCAAUGCAUUCGUGUCAAGAGGUUUUUACCCAAGGAUACCCAAUUAGUUCUAUUCAGUGCUACUUUCGCUGAUGCGGUUAGGCAAUAUGCGAAGAAGAUUGUUCCUAAUGCAAAUACACUAGAAUUACAAACAAAUGAAGUCAACGUUGACGCUAUUAAGCAACUGUACAUGGAUUGUAAAAACGAAGCCGAUAAAUUUGAAGUUCUGACUGAGCUUUAUGGUUUAAUGACCAUUGGAUCUUCUAUUAUUUUUGUUGCUACCAAGAAAACGGCAAAUGUCCUAUAUGGUAAACUAAAAAACGAAGGCCAUGAAGUUUCUAUCUUGCAUGGUGACUUGCAAACUCAAGAAAGAGAUAGAUUAAUAGAUGAUUUCAGAGAGGGUAGGUCCAAGGUUUUAAUCACUACCAAUGUUCUUGCCCGUGGUAUUGAUAUCCCUACAGUUUCAAUGGUUGUAAACUAUGAUCUUCCAACACUUGCUAACGGACAAGCCGAUCCGGCCACUUAUAUUCACAGAAUCGGUAGAACUGGUAGAUUUGGUAGAAAGGGUGUUGCCAUUUCCUUCGUACAUGACAAAAACUCUUUCAACAUUUUAUCUUCAAUUCAAAAAUACUUUGGUGAUAUAGAAAUGACACGUGUCCCAACAGAUGAUUGGGAUGAAGUCGAAAAAAUAGUUAAGAAAGUAUUAAAGGACUAG